AUGUUUAGCCUCAAGACUAAAGUAACGGCCAACACGGCAACCCUAGCCAUCGCCAUUCUCGCAGCCUACCUCCUCUACCGCGCCCUCUUCCCCUCCCCAAUCCCAGGCAUCCCCUACAGCAAAGAAGCAUCCCACUCCCUCCUAGGCGAUAUGCCAGCAAUGAUCCACCACGCCAACAAAACAGGCGAAAUGUACGACUGGCUCGCCGCGCAAAACAUCAAGCACGCCUCUCCCGUCGUUCAAGUCUUUGGCCGCGGGCCCCUAAGCAAACCCUGGCUCGUCAUCUCCGACUUCCGCGAAACGCAGGAUAUCCUCCUCCGCCGCGUGAAAGAAUUCGAUAGAUCCGCCUUCACUGCCAACUUACUGGGCGGCGUGAUCCCCGAGCAUCAUAGUCGGUGGCAAACGGAUGAGGAGUACAAGAGUCGUAAGAGGCUUGUCGGUGAUAUCUUGACGCCGAGCUUUCUUGGGAAAGUCGCCGCGCCGUUGUUGCAUGAGAGUACGAUGCGUAUGACGGCCCUAUGGCGCGAGAAGGCGAGGCUGGCGAGGGGACGGCCGUUUAGUGCGUUGAAAGACAUCAGCCAUUGUGCCUUGGAUGCUGUGCUUGGAUUUACUUUUGGUCCGGGGAUGGAGGGUCUCAGUGCGACGCAGCCGAACGUCGACUUUCUUUCGGCCAUGUCUUCACUGCCUGUUUCUGGAGAAACAGAGAGCAUAGAUCUGAACCAGCCGGUGGUGUUCUCACAUGCGCCUCCCAGCCCCGUCAUUGAAGCCUUGUUCAAGAUAUCGGAUAGUCUCGAGGUGGCGAUGAAGUCUGCGUUCCCGGUCCUAGCGCAUUGGCUUUUGCGCCAGAGGCAUGCUUUGAAGACGGCAAUUCAAAUUAAAGAAGACCUGCUAAAGAACCAAGUCGAUUUAGCCGCCGCCAGAGUCCAGUCUACAUCAGAGGAUCAGGUAGUCCGCUGUGCGAUAGACGAGAUGGUGCGUAGAGAAAGCAGCCAGGCAGAAAAGGACCAACGACAGCCAUCUUUUCACACGCGACUAUUCUACGAUGAGCUCUACGGCUUCACCCUAGGCGGCCACGAGUCAACAUCAAACGCAAACCAGUGGGCACUCAAAACCCUAGCCCGCCACCAACACCAACAAACCAAGCUCCGCGCCAGCCUCCGCGACGCCCUCCCCGACGCCGUCAUCAGCAAACGCGUCCCCACCCCCCAGGAAAUCAUGCAGGCGCGGUGCCCUUACCUAGACGCCAGCAUAGAAGAGCUCUUCCGCGUAUCACUGACGGCGCCAAUGUGCGUGCGAAGUGCGACGCAGGAUACACAGAUCCUAGGCUACGCCGUGCCCAAGGACACCGUCGUCUUCCAGGUGUGGAAUCGGGCGGAUUAUAUAAUGCCUGGGUUUCUCGUCGACGAUGCUCUGCGGACGCCGGGGGCGCGGGCGGCGGUCAAGGGCGGAGGAGGGGGCGCUGGCACUGGCGUUGGGCAUUGGGGUGACGUCUCGGGCAUCGAUGCAGCGACGUACGCGCCUGAGAGAUGGCUCGUGAGGUCUGAAGAUGGCACGAGAGACAUUUUUGACGCGACGCGUGGUCGGAACAUGAUCUUUAGCAUGGGUCCUCGGGGAUGUUACGGGCGAAAGCUGGCAUAUGUGCAGUUUCGGAUGCUGGUGGUGCUUGUGCUGUGGAAUUUUCACGUCGAAGAGCUCCCGCAGGAACUCAACACGACGGGGGCUUACGAUAAGUUGACGAGGGAGCCGCAUGAUUGUUUCGUUCGUUUGACGGCUUUGCCGUUAUGAGCAUGGUUGAAAUGAGAGAUUUACCGGUUGAAAAGCAAAUCAGGAAACUCUACGGUCCUGCAAUGAGCAAUCAGGUAUUGGAUGUGGUAAAAAGGGCUUUUGCUGCGAAAGGAUUCGAAAGAUGGGUCAUGG